AUGAUGGGUGACCCGUAUAUGGACCAUUGGCCCACCGGCUCGGGGAUGAGCUACGGUGAGGACGAGGAUCUCGGCGUUUCCGCCGGGAAAUAUGCCCGCAUGGAAGGGCUAGAAGGGGAAAGCCACGAAAAGGAACGAUUCGCAAGGGAAAACCAUUCCGAGAUCGAACGUCGUCGCCGCAAUAAAAUGACGCACUACAUCAACGAGUUAGCCGAGAUGGUGCCCCAAUGUGCAGCACUGGGCCGGAAACCGGACAAACUAACAAUUCUCCGAAUGGCAGUCAGUCAUAUGAAGGCAAUCAGAGGGGCCGGAGGAGCACCACAAGAUGAAGCCAACUAUAAGCCGUCUUUUCUCACGGAUCAAGAGUUGAAACAUUUGAUUCUGGAGGCAGCGAACGGAUUCCUAUUUGUUACUUGCUGCCAUACUGGACGGGUGUUGUAUGUGAGUGACUCGAUCACGCCGGUGCUCAACUUGAAGCAGGAAGAAUGGCUAAAUCGUAACCUACAAGAACUCAUCCAUCCUGAUGACCAGGAAAAGAUUCGAGACCAACUGUGUGGCAGUGAAGCGGCCCUCACUCGAGUGCUCGACCUCAAGAAUGGAAAUGUCAAACGAGAGGGCGCCAAUUCCCGAGUGCACAUGUCGUGCCGUCGCGGCUUCAUCUGCCGAAUGCGGGUCGGCCCCCUUGAUGCCCUCCAUCGUCUCCGCAAUCGUCGUCCCCUAUUCACCCAUGGUGGACAUACCUAUGUGGUCAUGCACUGCACCGGAUAUAUCAAAAAUGCCCCGCCAGCCGGGAUUGAGACACAUGGAACCGCGAAUUCAUGCCUCGUCGCCAUUGCCAGGUUACAGGUAGCGUCAAUGCCAGUUUGCGCCGACCCGAGCACAUCUUCACAAUUCUCGAUUCGAGUAGCCGAAGACGGGAAAAUGACAUUUAUCGACCAACGGGCAACGGCGCUCCUCAAUCUGGCUGUUGAUCAGUUAAUCGGCCGUUUCUGGUGGGAGAUGAUGCAUCCCCAAGACGAGCCAAUACUUCGCGAUGCUUUCAUGGCAUUACUGGCCAAUAAUCAGAAUCUGCGCCUGACCUGCCGCGUACGCACAGAUACAGACUACAUUGCGUGCUGUAUAUCGGCCUAUCGUUUCUUGAAUCCAUAUUCGGAGGCGUUUGAAUACGUGGUGGCAACGCAUCAGACAAUUCCACAGGACGACCCGGCGUGGCAGCCGCCUGUUGAUGUAUUUCCGACGGUUCCCGCGCAGUCGGCUUACCCUCCAGUAGCCGCCGUGGCCGCCAAUGCUCAACCAGAAUGGCCACAAGCCGAUCGGGAUGGCGUCAAUUGGGGAUGGGGACCCAAUGGGUUGCAUCCUUUUCCU